UCUUUCUCAUUGUCGGUUGAGAUUUCGGGGAAUUUUCACUUGGGUUUUGUCGAGAGAAGGGGAAAAAAGAGGGAGCGAUGUUUCUAGUGGAUUGGUUCUAUGGAGCUCUGGCGUCUCUGGGUCUGUGGCAGAAGGAAGCCAAGAUCUUGUUCUUGGGACUGGAUAAUUCAGGGAAGACCACUCUCCUUCGCAUGUUGAAGGACGAGAGAUUGGUUCAGCACCCACCCACCCAGUUCCCGACUUCAGAGGAACUGAGUAUAGGGAAGAUAAAGUUCAAAGCUUUCAACUUGGGUGGUCACCAGAUCGCUCGUAGAGUCCGGCGGGACUACUACACUAAGGUCGAUGCGGUAGUGUACCUAGUCGACGCUUACGACAAGGAUAGAUUUGCCGAGUCAAAGAAGGAGCUGGAUGCGCUCCUCAUGGACGAGUUGCUGGCGAAUGUCCCGUUCCUCGUCUUGGGAAACAAGAUCGACUACCCUUCCGCCGUGUCAGAGGACGAACUGCGGUACUACUUGGGCCUCGCGAACUUCACCACCGGGAAGGGCGACGUCAGCCUCGCCGGCACCAACGUCCGCCCUCUCGAGGUCUUCAUGUGCAGCAUUGUGCGCAAGAUGGGCUACGGCGAGGGCUUCAGAUGGCUCUCCCAGUACAUCAAAUGAGUAUUUCUCUUCCUGGGGUGUGUAUUUCGAUGUAAGAAGCUGAAACUGGCGUGUAUAGAUGCAUAUAUAUUACAUUUCAUUUAGCUUUUGAUAGUAGGCUCGCUCUAUUUUGGUGGGACAUAUCUCUUUUUGCUCAAGUUCUUGUGAUCUUCUCAUGGAACAAAGGCAAUUUGCUUUGUAUCUAUGAAUUUUAAUCGCAGAGGUAGAAACCUUAGCUAUUUUCACAGACUUGGCUAUUUCACUCAGCAUGCGCACGAGUGCUUCGGAAGCUCUAGACGCAUUCCCUGUGCAGGCUUUAAGAGAUUGAGAAACUCUGGUUAAGCAAAAGCAAGACCAAGACAAGAAUCAGGAGUCGGCUGUGGAGCUGAGUUUACACAGGCCUCUCUAUCUUCUGCCACCUCCUCGGUUGGCAGUGGUGCUCGGCUAGACUCGGCUGGGCUUUGGUGCGGUCCAGUAGGAUCCUCAGUGAGAUCUUUGGGCUCCAAACAAAAAGUUUGGGUCGAAGAAAGGCUAAUGGAUAGGGGCUUCUACUUAUAUUGCCAUAAAAGUUAGUAGUUCACAUAAAUCCAUGGUUGGAGUCGUUUGGGGGCAACCAUUUGUUUCAAAGAUCUAUUACUUUUGGGGAAGAGUUUGGUUUGUUCAUUUUGCAGAGAAUUUAACAUUGUCGAAAAUUUGUUUUCUAAGAGACAUACGUUAUUCGUGUGGUAUAUGGAAUGUUCGAUA